AUGGCGGACGCUUCAGCAGAUCCCACUGCUAAGCUGGCCGAAUCGACGGCCAAGCUCCAGCUUGAUGAGGAGACGGGGGAGAUGGUCAGCAAGGGCGAGCUCAAGAAGAGAAUGGCGAAGCGGGCGAAGAAGGCUGCUGCGGAGAAGGCAAAGGCUGCCAAGGAUGCUGUCGCCAAGGCUGCAGGUGCAGGCGAUAGCACUCCCGCGCCCAAGCCCAAGGCGAAGCCCGAGGAGGUUGUCCUGGACCCGGAGGCCAUGUUCAAGCAGGGCUUCCUCCAGGAGGUGUACAAGGAGAGGCCGUCCGAGCAUGUUGUCACACGAUUCCCUCCCGAGCCCAACGGAUAUUUGCACAUUGGCCAUGCCAAGGCCAUUGCUGUCAACUUUGGGUUUGCAAAGUACCACGGCGGCGUCUGCUACCUGAGGUAUGACGACACGAACCCCGAGAAGGAAGAGGAGAGAUACUUCACCGCGAUUGAGGAGAUGGUCAGGUGGUUGGGUUUUACCCCCUACAAGAUCACCUAUUCCAGCGACAAUUUCCAGAAGCUGUACGACCUAGCAGAGAAGAUGAUCACUCUGGAGAAGGCCUAUGUCUGCUACUGUGGAGACGCCGAGAUCAAGCUGCAGCGUGGCGGCGAGAAGGGCGCCACCCCCCGAUUCCGAUGCGAGCACGCGAACCACACCGUCGACGAGAACCUUCAGAAGUUUAGGGAUAUGAGAGACGGCAAGUACAAGCCUAGGGAGGCUUUCCUGCGUAUGAAGCAGGACAUCACGGACGGCAACCCCCAGAUGUGGGACUUGGCAGCAUACCGCAUCAAGACCGACACGCCGCACCACCGCACCGGCUGGGACUGGAAGAUUUACCCCACAUACGACUUCACGCACUGCCUGUGUGAUAGCUUCGAGGGCAUCACACAUUCUCUGUGCACGACCGAGUUCGUCCAGAGCCGUGUCUCCUACGAGUGGCUAAACAAGACUCUUGGCGUCUACGAGCCCAUGCAGCGCGAAUACGGCCGCCUGGGUAUCACCGGCACCGUGCUGUCCAAGAGAAAGAUUCUUAAGCUGGUCGAGGAGAAGAUUGUCCGCGGCUGGGACGAUCCCCGUCUGUACACGCUCAUCGGCAUCAAGCGCCGCGGUGUGCCUCCUCGCGCUAUUCUGGACUUCGUCAACGAGCUGGGUGUCACCACCUCCGUCUCCGUCAUCCAGAUCAAGCGCUUCGAGCAGACCGUGCGCAAGUACCUCGAGCGUACGGUUCCUAGGCUGAUGAUGGUUCUGGACCCCAUUCCCGUCGUCGUCGAGGACGCCGAGCCCACUGACGUCGAGCUGGCUUUCUCUCCCAAGGACCCCAAUAUGGGAUCGCACACCAUCAAGUUCACGCCCACCGUCUACAUCGAUCGUGCCGACUUCAGAGAGGUGGACAGCAAGGACUACUUCCGCCUUGCCCCCAACAAGACUGUCGGUCUGCUCAACGCUCCCUUCCCCAUCAAGGCCACCUCCUACACCAAGGACGAGGCCACCGGAAAGGUUACCGAAAUCCGUGCCGUCUUCGAUAAGGAGACGAAGAAGCCCAAGGCCUACAUCAACUGGGUCGGCACCGAGGGAACCAAGAAGGUUGAAGCCCGCAUCCACAACUCGCUGUUCAAGAGCGAGAAGCCCGACGAUGCCGAAGGCGGCUUUCUCAACGACAUCAACCCGGAGAGCGAGGUCAUCUACCCCGACGCGCUCAUCGAGAGCGGCUUCGACGAGGUCAAGCGCCGCGCGCCUUGGCCCGAGGCUGCUGGCGAGAGCGAGCUGGGCAAGGGCGGACCGGAGAGCGUGCGCUUCCAGGCGACUCGCAUCGCCUACUUUGUGAGUCGCUCACGCACGGAAAAGUCUAAGACACAAGCUAACGCCAUGGAUUCCGACAGCACCGACGACAAGAUCAUCCUCAACCGUAUCGUGUCGCUGAAGGAGGAUGCUGGAAAGGUUUGA